CAAGCUCAGAUACUUAAUUAGAGCUUUACUUUAUCAUGGUCAGCCUAUCAAUCAUCACAGUUCGACAACUCUUCAUUGGACCCAAAAGACACAAUCCCUUUGACCCUGAUGGCACCAUCCCGUCGAGCCAUCUCCGUAGCGUUGAACAUUCCAUCCUCUUCAUAUCUUUCAUAGUCUAUGCCGUUUUCGCAAUAGUCUUCGAUAGAGCAAGGCCUAGAGCAGCAGCAACCGCUAAGGCACUGACGUUUCUUGCUUUAGCCGCUGCACUCGCGCAACAAUGGUUCAUCUUCUAUUUUCACUCUACCGACCACGUGGGCGUUGAGGGACAAUACCAUUUGCUCUACCAACUUGUUAUAUUCGUUUCUCUAAUCACCACUCUCAUGGGUAUUGCCAUGCCCAAGAGUUUUUUGGUGAGCUUCGUGAGAUCAUCAAGCAUAGCCUGUCAAGGAGCAUGGUUAAUACUCAUGGGUUUCAUGCUUUUCACACCAAGUUUGCUCACUAAGGGUUGCUUUUUCUACGUUGAGAAAAAACACCAACUGAUUAGGUGUUCUAGCGAAGAGGCUCUUCAUAGGGCCAAGUCACUGAUCAACAUCGAAUUCAGCUUGUUAUUGGUUGUAUUUACAAUCUUUAUCAUGACAUUUUAUGUGGUUCUUGAUGGUGUUUACGGUGAAAAAGCUGAGUACUACUCGAUUCUAACCACCAAAGACGACCAAGUAAAAGAGGAUCAUAAGAACAACAAAAUAUUGAAUCGUUGAAGAGAUAAGUUAUCCAUGUUUUGUUCAAAUGUGUAAACCCAAUAGUCAUCAACACAAAUUAAAAUGUGAGAUGUUAA